AUGCACACUGAGGAAAAAUCGAGUGAAAGUAAUCAGUUUGGAAAGACUUUAAUGCACAGGACCAGUCUUGCUGGACAUCAGAGAAUCCACUCUGGGAAGAGACCUUAUGAAUGCAAGGAAUGUGAAAAGACAUUCAGUCAGAGUUCCUCUCUUGCUGUACAUCAGAGAAUUCACACUGGGGAGAAACCUUAUAUAUGCAAUCUAUGUGGAAAGACAUUCAGUCAGAGCUCCCAUCUUGCUAGACAUCAGAGAAUCCACACUGGUGAGAAACCUUAUGAAUGCAAGCAAUGUGGAAAGACAUUCCGUCGGAGCUCCCAUCUUUCUGUACAUCAGAGAAUCCACACUGGUGAGAGACCUUAUGAAUGCAAUCAAUGUGGAAAGACAUUCACAAAAAACUCCAAUCUUGCUGUACAUCAGAGAGUCCACACUGGGGACAAACCUUAUGAAUGCAAACAAUGUGGAAAGACUUUCAGACUGAGCUCCAGUCUUGCUGUACAUCAGAGAAUCCACACUGGGGAGAAACCUUAUGAAUGCAAACAAUGUGGAAAGACAUUCACUCAGAGCUCCAAACUUGCUAUACAUCAGAGAAUCCACACUGGUGAGAAACCUUAUGAAUGCAACCAAUGUGGAAAGACAUUCAGUCAGAGCUCUAAUCUUGCUGUACAUCAGAGAAUCCACACUGGGGAGAAACCUUACGAAUGCAAACAAUGUGGAAAGCCUUUCAGACUGAGCUCUGAUCUUGCUGUACAUCAGAGAAUCCACACUGGGGAGAAACCUUAUGAAUGCAAGCUAUGUGGAAAAACAUUCAGAGAGAGCUCCAGUUUUGCUGGACAUCAGAGAAUCCACAGUGGGGAGAAACCAUAUGAAUGCAAUCAGUGUGGUAAUACCUUCAGUCGGAGCUCCAAUCUUGCUGUUCAUCAGAGAACCCACAUGGGGAGAAACUUUAAGAAUGCAAACUAUGUGGAAAGAUGUUCACAUGCAGCUCCAGUCUUGCUAUUGUGUGAAGAAAAUUUACCCUCCCCUGUUUCUGGGGCAGCAUACCUGGAAUUAGCCUGAACUUGACUCAGGCAAGGAUUCUGUGAUGGAAAUCAUUGCGUGAGGGUAGAAUGGCAGCAAGAAAAAGGCAGCAAUAGGGUCAAGAGAUCAGGAGACGAGGACAGGGUGAUGUCCCUUGCACUGCGCUCCUGGGUGGCCCAGGCAAAAUAGAAAGCCACGAAUGGCUCCUGAGAUGAGAUUUGUGAGUUUGUGGGUGGAGAAAAGGUUUGAUAAGGUGAGGUAAGAGCAGAUAUCCAAGCUCUUCUUUUCCAGUUAUCUUGCUGGCUGGAUUUCCCUCUGAGCAUGGCUAGGCUGCCCUAAUGGUGACCACAGAAUAGCAGGCUAAAUGGAACAGUGAGGAAAGUACAUAUCUCCUAUUUUUCCAUCUUUCCCCCCUACCAACUUAGAUUAAAUAAAAUGAAUUUAGAUCCAGGCUUAUAAUUUUCCUUCUUAUACUUUAUACCACAGAAACCACAAACAUUCCCACUGAGCUCUUACCUUGCUCAAAGUCAGACAAUUUACCAUAAGUUGUACUAAGAAUUAGGUCCAAAUGGAUAUAUGAUUUACACCUAAAGUGUGAUCCCAUGAUCAAAUUAAGGGAGUGUAGAAUAGUUUACCUUUUAGAUCAAUGUAUUGAUAAAAGAAGGAUUUAUAACCAAGUAUGAAAUAGAUAACAUUAUGAGGUAAAAAAUAAGUAGUUUUUAUUAUAUCAAACUCAAGACUGCAAAAAAAAUGAAUGCAAACAAGAUUAAAAGUGGAAACAAGUUAUUGUUUGCUUUACAACAAUGUGUCUAAUUAAAUACUUUAGUUUUGAAAAAUUCUAACACUAUUCUCUAAUGCCUUAAUUCAUUUCAUGGCAUCUGAACCUAGAGUUAAUUUAGGAAGGAAAAAAUGUCUUUGCUCAAUAGAAAUCAUUUGUAAUUAGCAUAAUUUCCUAUAUAAGGUUUUCCCAAAAAUUCCUGUAA